UUCUCUUCGCUUCCCUUCCCUUCCGUGGUGUUGCGGCGGGAAGAGAGAGAGAGAGAACGAGACAGAGGGAGGAGUUGCGGCGGCCAGGGCAGGGCAGGGCACCGGCGCACAGCCUAGGCCGUCUCGUCUCUUUCCCUCCUCGAUUCGCCAUUAACCAACCACUCACCCACACAACGCGCCUCCACCUCUCUACCCUAACCCUAACCCUAACCUAUCCCCACCGACCCCAAUGGCGGAGCAAGACUCCGCCGCCCCCGCCUCCGAGGACGAGGAGGCGCUGCUCGCCCGCGCCCACAGCGUCAUCUCCAGGGUCCUCGAACGCGACCACGACCCCAAUCCCCGCCUCCUCCACACACUCGCCACCAUCUGCGACCUCCACGAAGCCAGAUAUCUUCAGCUAUGUGCAUCUAACCCAAUGUUUAAUAACACAAACACAAGGAGCACCUAUACAAUAGGCAAGCUGGCAAAUUUGCUCCGGGAUAAUGACGAUUUUUACGAGCUAGUGUUUUGUAAGUUCUUGUCGGAUACCUCCUACUCUGUUGCUGUACGUGCUGCUGCAGCUAGGCUGCUCCUAAGCUGCCAUUCUGCCUGGACGCCUCAAUAUCCUCACGCUUUUGAAGAUUCCAUCAUAGAGAAUAUUAAAAGCUGGGUAACUGAAGAUGCUGAAGCUUGUAAUGAGUGUGAAUGGAAGUAUUUAGGAACGAAUAAACCCACAGAUGCUGAGAUGCUGAGAACAUAUGCUAUUGGGUUGCUUGCUAUGGCGUUGUGUAGCGGUGGGCAAUUGGUAGAAGAUGUCUUGACUAUGGGGGUAUCAGCUAAGCUCAUGCGCUUUUUGCGUAUAAGAGUCCUUGGGGAUGCUUCAUCUUCACAGAAAGAUGCUAAUCAUCCACUAGACACCAAGCACCCUCGGGGAAGAGAUGAUAAUAGGGGCAAAUCACGGCUGGCUCAAGAUAGUUCUCGAUUGGAUGGAACAAGGUUUGGAUAUGGAAUACUAACUGAUCCUACUGCGGAGAAGGACAAUGAACCUGGUGUUGGAACAAGGCAAGCACAUGGCGAAAGGUGGAUGGAUGACACUAUUUCUCUGCGUCCUGAGCAUGCUGAUGCCUCCUCGGAUAAUUUCGAUAUCCCUGAGGCUGAUAGGACCAAUGAUCGAUCUUAUAGCUCAAGUAUUUACGACACAAAGUCAAAAUAUGGGGAAAAACAUUCCAUGAUGAGGCUUGUUAAAGAUGAAGAUAUCAGCGAAAAUGGUGAACUGUUGAAGAGAAAGCCAAGUCGAGCCCCUACUCGACUUAGAGUGAAGGGAAAAGCAGGUGAAAGCUUGCCUGAAUCUGAAAUAGCACCUUUAUCACCAACCUCAGGAUUGAGAAUAGGAGGCCGGGCUACCAGAGACAGGAAUGCGGCGAGGGUUGAAGACCCAAAGAAGGCAACUGAUGUGAACAAUAGAUCCACAGGCCUUGAGUUGUUUUGCGCUAUUUCUAGCGAAGAAUACGAAGACCGGUUCAGGGAUUGCAUCAUUGGCUUAAAGGAUAUAUCUGCCAUUGUUUUGAAGGCAGUGAGAGCUGCAGAAGCUGAGGCCAGAUCUGCAAAUGCACCUGAUGAAGCUGUGAAAGCAGCAGGCGAUGCUGCUGCUGAGCUUGUGAAAUCUGCUGCUUCGGAGGUUUGGAAAAGUGAAAGUAACGGUGAUGCGGUUGUAUUAGCUGCCGAGAAAGCUGCAGCCACUGUAGUAGAGGCUGCAAUGUCUACUAGCGUCUCACGAAGCUCAAACCAAGUUAGUGAAGAGCGUGCUGUGGAAGAAGCUGUGCAAACCAGCGAAGACCAGGAGUUGGAAGAUUUUGUUAUCAGUGACCAUGAGCAGCUCUUGCAACUUAGAGAAAAAUAUAGCAUUCAGUGCCUACAGAUUUUGGGAGAGUAUGUUGAAGCUUUGGGUCCUGUUCUCCAUGAAAAGGGUGUUGAUGUUUGCCUCACAUUAUUGCAAAGGAGCAUAAAAGACCAGGAGGGAGGUGGCCACUUUGCGCUACUUCCUGAUGUCCUUAAAUUAAUUUGUGCACUGGCUGCCCACCGGAAAUUUGCUGCACUCUUUGUUGAUCGUGGCGGUAUUCAGAAGAUCCUCUCUGUUCCUAGAAUUACUCAGACAUAUACUGGUCUUUCUGCCUGCUUAUUUACUUUCGGGUCUCUUCAGUCUACCAUGGAACGUGUUUGCGCGCUCUCAUCUGACACACUCGGUAAUGUUGUUGAACUAGCACUUCAACUUCUUGAGUGCCCACAAGAUUUAGCCAGAAAAAGUGCAGCCAUUUUCUUCGCUGCUGCUUUUGUGUUCAAAGCUGUUCUGGAUUUAUUUGAUGCACGGGAGGGGAUGCAAAAACUUCUCCAUAUCCUAUAUGGCUGUGCGUCUGUAAGAUCUGGUGGUAACUCUGGAGGAUUAGGUUCCUCCAAUGUAAAUCAAGGGAAUGAUCGAUCGCCCGCUGAAGUUCUGACUGCAUCAGAAAAGCAGGUUGCAUACCAUACAUGUGUUGCACUACGGCAGUAUUUUAGAGCUCAUCUCCUUCAGCUUGUUGAUUCCAUUCGGCCAAGCAAGAGCAUCCGCAGUAUUGCUCGGAACACUUCUAGUGCAAGAGCUGGUUACAAACCUUUUGACAUUAGCAAUGAGGCUAUGGAUGCUGUUUUUCGUCAGAUCCAGCGGGAUCGAAAGUUAGGCCCUGCUCUCGUGAGAGCUCGUUGGCCUGUGUUGGACAAAUUUGUGGCCUCUAGUGGUCAUAUAACCAUGCUAGAGCUGUGUAAGUUUCAGGCACAUGGUGAUCGAUAUUUGCGUGACUUAACUCAAUAUGCAAUUGGAGUUCUUCACAUUAUAACACUGAUGCCGUACAGCCGCAAGACGAUAGUGCAUGCAACAUUAAGCAACAAUCGUGUUGGUAUGGCUGUCCUAUUAGACGCGGUGAAAAGUUUCGACUAUAUUGAUCAUGAGGUGAUCUGUCCAGCAUUGAAUGUUCUUGUCAAUCUUGUAUGCCCCCCACCUUCUAUCAGCAACAAGCCAUCCUCAACUGCCAAUCAGCAACCUGCAGCUUCACAAGCACUUGUUGGGUCUUCAUCAGAAAGCAGAGACAGGAACUUCGAAAAAAGUACUUCAGAUAGGAAUAUAAUAGCAAAUCAGGGUGAAUCUUGGGAACGAUCUGGUGAUGGCAACCCUGCUGAAAGGAACAAUACAUCAAUGCAGAUUAGCACACCUGUUGUGCCAUCUGGAGUGGUCGGUGAUCGGAGAAUAUCCUUAGGAGUUGGAGCUGGAGGUCCUGGUCUUGCUGCUCAAUUGGAACAAGGAUAUCGUCAAGCUCGAGAAGUAGUAAGAGCCAACAAUGGCAUAAAAAUUCUUUUACAGCUUCUGAGUUCUCGGAUGGUUACACAUCCUGUGGCUAUUGAUCCUAUUCGUGCCCUUGCCUGCCGCGUCUUGCUUGGGCUGGCCAGAGACGAUGCAAUUGCACAUAUACUGACAAAGCUCCAGGUGGGGAAGAAAUUAUCAGAAUUGAUCCGAGAUACCAGUACCACCCAGACAUCUGGGGCUGAUAGUGGAAGAUGGCAAACUGAGCUGACCCAAGUUGCAAUUGAACUGAUUGCGGUCCUGACAAAUUCUGGAAAAGAAACAACAUUAGCAGCGACUGAUGCUGCUGCACCAGCAUUGAGGCGCAUUGAGCGAGCUGGAAUAGCUGCUGCUACUCCAAUAUCCUAUCACUCCAGGGAACUGAUGCAGCUGAUACAUGAACAUCUUCUUGGGUCUGGUUUCGCUGCCACUGCUGCCAUGCUACAGAAGGAGGCUGACCUUGCACCUUUGCCAUCCACAGCUGCAGUGCCUCCUGUCCACCAGGUUCCUGCCCUGGAAGCGUCAUCUGUUCAGCAACAGUGGCCUUCUGGUCAUGUUCAGGGCUUUCUCCCAGAUAAAACAAAUAUAAGCUCAGAUCAUGCUGGCCAGAGAUGUCAAUCUGUCCCGCCUUCAUCUAAGAAGAAGGCACUGACCUUCUCAUCCAGUUUCUCACAAAGAAUUCAAUCUCCACAUCCCUUUUCUGGUAAUAGAGCAAGUGACACUCUUAAAAGUCCGGUACCUAUUGGAGUCGAUACUGGAGAUUCAGAAAUAUUGCAUAAAACACCACUGUCGCUGCCACUUAAGAGGAAGCUAGUGGAUAUGAAGGAUAUUAAUUCUGCAUCAGCAGCAAAGCGCCCUGCAACAGCUGACCAAGCAUCCCAAUCUUCCAUAUUCCAAACUCCUGCUCCUGCUCCUGCUCGCAGGGGUCUAUCUGUAGUAGUGGAUUCCCCUACUGCCUUUCACUCUGGUCGGACAAUCUUCAACAACAUUUAUUCUGAAAGCUUGGACAGCUCUCAAGGGACACCAGGAGUGGUUACAACCACAGCACAUCCUGGUGUGAAUGAUCAACAAUCAGGAAAUUUGGAGCGUAUGACACUUGAUUCACUGGUUGUGCAAUACUUGAAACAUCAACACCGCCAGUGUCCUGCUCCAAUUACAACUUUGCCACCACUCUCCCUGUUGCACCCACAUGUUUGCCCUGAGCCUAGCCGCAGCCUUAGUGCACCAGCAAACAUAGCUGCUCGUAUGGGAAGCCGUGAGAUAAGCAGGCAAUUUAGUGGGAUCCAAAUACCUCGUAGGGAUCGCCAUUUUAUAUACAGCAGGUUCAAGCAAUACCGUGUUUGUCGUGAUGAGGCCUCACUGUUGACUUGCAUGACACUUCUUAGAGAUGCAUCUCGAGUUGCGGCUGGGAACCACACCGGUGAAUUAAGAAUAUUUGACUGUAACACUGCAAACCUCUUAGAGACUCAAACAUGCCACCAACAUCUUGUUACCAUGGAGUCAACAUAUUCUGGUGUAAAUGAGCUGAUUCUCACAUCCAGCCUAAAUGAGGUUAAGAUCUGGGAUGCCUCCUCAAUAUCUGGGGGACCUUUGAACACAUUUGAGGGUUGCAAAGCUGCUAGGUUUAGCCACUCCGGAACUUUAUUUGCUGCCCUUUCUACUGAUUCAACACAGCGAGAGGUUCAAUUGUAUGAUGUACAGACAUAUAGUGUUGAUCUGCGGCUUCCUGAUAAUUCUAGCCAUUCAGGUUCUGGCCGGAGUUACAUACAACCCAUCAUACAUUUCAGUCCUUCAGACACAAUGUUGCUGUGGAAUGGAGUCCUGUGGGAUAGACGAAGCCCGAAUCCUGUUCAUCAGUUUGACCAGUUCACAGACUAUUGUGGAGGUGGCUUCCAUCCAGCUGGAAAUGAGGUCAUCCUAAAUUCGGAGGUGUGGGAUCUGAGGAAAUUUAAGCUUCUGAGGAGUGUCCCUUCCCUGGACCAGACAGUAAUAAAAUUCAAUGGCACGGGUGAUGUUAUCUAUGCCAUCCUCAGGCGUAAUCUUGAGGAUGUAUCAUCGUCCAUCAAUGCUCGUCGGGUCAGACAUCCUCUUUUCCCUGCGUUCCGCACGAUUGAUGCUGUGACUUACUCAGAUAUUGCGACCGUCCAAAUUGACCGCUGUGUCCUUGACCUCGCUACUGAGCCGAAUGACUCUCUUAUCGGGGUUGUUGCUAUGGAUGAUCACGAGGAGCUGUUCUCUUCUGCUCGCUUAUUUGAAGUUGGCAGGAAGCGAAUAACUGAUGAUGAUUCAGAUCCAGAGGAUGCAGGUGAUACAGAUGACGAAGAUGAUGACAAUGAUGACUCCGAUGAUGACAUUCUUGCGCCUGUGCUGGAAGGGGAGACAGAUUCUGAUGAUCUAAUUAACAGCAGCGACGACGGUGGUGAUGAUGAAAUUGCCAGUUUGGAUGAAAAUGACGAUGAUCCUGAGUUCCUUGACGAAGGUGACCUUGAAGGGGGAGGGGGCUUCCUGGAGAUUGUAGGUGAUGGUGAAGAAGUUGGCGAUGAGAGUGACAUGAUGGAGUCAUUUAGCAGCGGUGACGAAGAAGGUUGGAUCAUGUGAGGGUAUCAGUUUUCUGAGGAAGGGGUUGUGUUGCGGGAACAGCUUGGAUGCUGGAUGCGAGAGCAUGAAGUACGAACCUUUUGAAGAACUUCGGGCCGCCGUGCACAACUCCAAAUUUUUUACCUCACAUUAUGAUUGUAAUUAUCACCUUCUUGUUGGGAUACAUGGGGGUAUCUGUUAGUGUCAAACAUAAAUUGAGGCGUUGGAUGAUGUAAGUAAAGCUGGGAACGCUUGUGAAUUUUGCUUUCGUCCGAGACAAGCCCAUCAAUUCAAAUUUAUUUUUGGUGCAAA